AUGGAUCUACUUGUUAACAAAUACAGGCCAAAUGAAGUUCAAGAUGUAAUUGGAAACCAGAUGACUGUGGAGCUUGUUUCAUUAAUCAUUGACAGUAAAGACAUGCCACACCUACUGUUUGCGGGACCUCCUGGAACAGGUAAAACGACUUGUGCAAAGAUACUCGCUAGAAAACUUCUCCCCAGCAAGGAAGGACUACUAGAGCUGAACGCAUCUGAUGAAAGAGGAAUAGAGACAGUCCGGACCACCAUCAAAAGCUUUGCUCAAAGAAGGAUUAAGGACUGUAGCUUUAAGGUUAUUAUUUUGGACGAGGCGGAUUCAAUGACCACAGCAGCCCAGCAAGCCAUGCGCAGGGUAAUGGAGGUGCACAGCUCGGAGUGCAGGUUCAUCUUAAUAUGUAAUACUCUAACAAAGAUAUUCGAGCCUAUUCAGAGUAGAUGUGCAAUACUGAGAUUCGACAGAAUAGAAAACUCUAUGAUUCUGGAAAGACUAAGGGAAAUUAGUAAGGAUGAGGGCAUUAAGAUAAGCAAGGAGGCCUUAGACCUCAUUGUUGAACUCAGUGAUGGAGAUAUGAGACAGUCACUAAACAUCCUCCAGGCGUGCAUCAGUUCCUCGGAAACCAUAGAUCAAGGCUACAUAAUCAAAAUAAUAGGCCUUCCGUCUCCAAAGAGAAUUGAAAGAGUCCUCGAGAGACUUCUAAGGAAUGAGGCUGAAGAGGCCUUAAAGAUGUUUGAUGAAAUCUGGGAUGAGAAGUUUGAUCCCCUAGAUCUGAUAAACUCGUUUUUCCGGGCUGCAAAGAACAUGGAGAACUACGAACUUCUUAAAGUGAUUGGUUUGGCAAACCUCAGAAUAUCUGAAGGUGUUAACUCAAGACUCCAGUUCUACGGAAUGUUCCACGAUAUCCUUGAUAUGGGAAACAAAAAGCCAUAG